CAUCACAUUAUACAGCAACCUAUAAAUAAAUACAGCCAUAGAUUACAAAUAACUCUCUUAGUUCUAAGUUUAGAAUCGAGGAUCUGUGUAUUUUUCCAACUAACAAUGUCGUGUUAGCUACUAGUGUAUAUGUUUAAGCACAUUUUAUUGUACAGAUCUAAGAACAACUUUGUGAUGCGAGUAGGAACGCCAGCAGUGAGGUAGAAAACAUCUACUUUCAGAGAGGCUCCUGCGACAAUCUCAUGACUAUUUCCACGGAUCUUUCUAUUAAAAAAAAAUCUACAUGAAAUUAUUUUGAAAUGGAAAUAAAGACGCUGAAAGACUUUGCUUCAAUAGUUCAAUCAUUGAAGAGUAAAAAGAAGACAACGCUGGACAUAUUUUAUAACGUAGAGAAUUGUUCUGAUCUGCUCGGCAAGGAUCACUACCAAAUGUACACACCAACAUAUGCUAUAAAAACGGAACCCGUUACAUCGUGCAGAGGAUUCAUUAAGAAAGAUGGACCAAAUAGAUUAAUAGUAGGACUUGCGUAUUCAUCUUCUUCUCAAAACAGCAUCGCCAAAUGUUCUACAUCCGUCUUCAAUAAAGACACAGAGAAAUUUGUGGAUUUGAGUAAAUCAGAAAUAAAUCUCAGUUCUACGAAAUCUUUUGAAUUUCCCGUAAAGUUGUCGGAACUACAUCGUCAUAUUUAUAAAAAUAAUCUUUUAUUUAAGUGGAACAUAGAGGUUUUGCCUUCAUUAAUUAGCCAUGCAAAAGUAAAGUCGCCUAAUACUGUUUCCGAAGACUCAGAUCAGAAAGAUAACAUUGCCACCGCACUAGAUGGUUUAUUUGAAACGUUAUCUAGAGAUAAACAAAGUGAACGUGAGGAGCAGAAGACGUUGCUUUCAAUGGUCCAAAACAUGACUGAGUGUAAAAAUCAACAAACAAAGCUUGAAGACAAGCUACAAUCUAUUGAACAGAAAGUCUUUGAUAUAAACAGCAGACUUUCAGAUAUUUGUACAACUAUGACCUUCACACAAAAACGUUUUGUUGAAGAUACGGGACUACUAACCCAGUCUUUAACAAACCCAGUCAAUACCGAAGAAAACAAGAUGAAGUCUGAGAAAAAGACUACUUUAGAUGAAGAUUUGUGCACGAUAUCAAGUCCUUUACUACACGAGAAAGCAAAAUAUCAUGAAACGAAAGAACGACACGACAGAGUAAGCACUGUCAAGAGACCUAUUCCAACUUUUAUUAAUCCUACAGUCAAAGAAAGAGACGCUUUAAAACAUCUCGAAUCCAUAUAUGAAGAAGAAAGAACUUUUUAUGGAAAGAAAAAAACUGGUGGCGUAUUUGGUACAGUAACUAAUAGGGCAUUAUUACCCUGGAUAAACACAAAACAUUCCAGUUAUAGGUUGAAGGUCAGGCACAUACUUUUAAUCGGCAGCGACAUUCAUUUGAUACGAUCAAUUCUGCUUCAUGAAUAUAACAUUUUACCACCCUGGUCAAUUUCUGAGACACAUAAACUGGUACUAAUGGAGUGUGAAGAUAAAGGAGUAUACUUCUAUAUUGGUCUUGUCCCCGAAUUUUCGCAAAGGAAGCAUAUUUUGAGUUUAAUGAUAAGUGCUCAAAAUGAUGGAAAUGAUAGCUUUGACGGAUGUAUUCUUGUUAUAAACUCACCGUCUGACACUAACCUGCUACACGUUUUUGAUACGAGGUUCUUACAAAAAUUUUGUUUUUUGCUGGUGUCAAAAAAAUUUAAUUAUCUCUCUUUGAUUUACGAUGUGAAAGGCAUCGUACGUAUAGACUGGUUGCAUCCUAGUCUCGAAGGCAAGUUUAAGCUUUUGGAAGACGUCAAAUUUGUAUUUGAUGAGUAUAUUUUGAGUACGUCUUGGCAAGAAAAGAAUGAAUUACAAGAAAAUGUGAGAUCAUUCAUGUCCUUUCUGACCACCAUACAAUCUACCUCUGAAGUAGAAGAAAGAAUGGAAUCACUGACAGACCAGAUGAUGCCAUUGCUUAAGCAAUGUCACACUUUAUUAGAAGUGGAGCACACCGAGGAACAGAAAAACUUUUUCUAUCAUACCCAUUAUACACAUUUCUAAUAAUAUCCACACUGUGGGAAUGGUCCCCACUAGCAAGCCAGACGAGAUGGAUGAUUCUAAAUUCACGAGAACCUUUGUAAAAGAAAAGUUCAACAUACUCUGCCAUUCAAAUUUUACGCCUAAUUAGCGAAUACAGUAGAAAAAGUACUUCACCGAGUACUAUUAAGUAUAUAGUCCUUUGGCAGUAAACACGUUUUUUUACAAGCUGUUUAGGAU